AUGCCUGCUCCACCUGCUUUCAGCGACAUUGCCAAGGCCGCAAAUGAUCUCCUGAACAAGGAUUUCUAUCACACCAGUGCUGCCAACCUUGAGGUCAAGUCAAAGGCCCCCAAUGGCGUCACUUUCCACGUCAAGGGAAAAUCUGCCCACGAAGGUCCUAUCAGUGGAUCUCUCGAAUCCAAAUACGUUGAUAUGCCAACUGGUAAAGCCUCCCCAGACACCCCACGCAGGCCAUCACCUACCCGUCUUCAAGAAGAAAUUGAACGGCUCAGUCCCAAUUCUUCCCCGGAUCUGAUGCAGAUUAACUUCACACUCAUCCGCUUUCACCCAUCCAAUCUUCUAAAUUUCGUCAUUUCAUCUGGAUUCGCCAGCCAUAAAUAA